GCAGCGGUGAUGCCCCGGGACAACAUGGCCUCGCUGAUCCAGCGAGUGGCGCGGCAGGCCCGCCUCACCUUCCGCGGCUCGGCGCCGGGGCCCGGCUUCGGCGAGAACCUGCACCGGCUACAGCAGCUGCUGAACGAGGUGCGGGCCGAGGAUCUGCGCCUGGCGCCGCGCGGGCCGGCGGCCGUGCCGAUGCCGAUGCCGGGGCCGGGGGCGGCGGCGGCGGCGGCGGCGCCGCCCGUCAGCUACAUGCACAUCUGCGAGACCGAGAGCUUCAGUAUGGGCGUGUUCCUGCUGCGGAGCGGGGCCUGCAUCCCGCUGCACGACCACCCGGGCAUGAACGGCAUGCUGAAGGUGCUGUACGGCACCCUGCGCAUCGCCUGCCUUGACCCGCUGCCACCCGCGGCCGCGCCUCCUUCCCCCGGCCCGGCCGGGCCUCGCCGCCGCGCCCUGCUCCGUUCGCGCCAGCUCUACACGCCAGCGUCGCCGCCCUGCCUGCUCACGCCGCACUCCGACAACCUGCACCAGAUCGACGCCGUGGACGGGCCCGCUGCCUUCCUUGACAUCCUGGCGCCGCCCUACGACCCCGAACACGGCCGGGACUGCCACUACUACCGUCUUCUCGAGGCACCGCCCCCGGGCGCCGACCCGCCUGCGCUGCCUCGCGAGGUGUGGCUGCUUGAGACCCCGCAAGCCGCGGAUUUCUGGUGUGGGGGGGAGCCCUACCCCGGCCCCAAGGUCUCCCCUUGAAGCUGGUGCUGCCCCCAGUGUGUCUGGCUGCCGCCCCCCACUCGGGGAUCAGGGCCUCUGUCCUCUCCCUCAGCCGCCAGAACAGCAGCAGGAAGCCAACAGAAGAUUCACUGGGGAGGCCUGGCAGGGAAUCUGGCUCCUGCCCUGGAUCUCUGGCUGUCCAAACGCCAUAGUGACCAGUCCCCACCCCCUUUGAAGUAAUAAUAGCCACAAAGCCAGGCCCUGCUCCCCGAAUGCAGAAAGCCACUUUCAGCCCCUACCCCAGGACAGGCCAAUGUGUUGGGAGAUGUGUUUGCAUGCGCUUUUCACAGUUUCAUUUCAUCUGUUCAGCUCUCUGGCCCCAAACAUGAAGUGUCUGUCAGGUGGGGAGGAUGAGCAGCAUUUCCAGCCUCUGUGACGAAUGCAUAAUUGCAGCAGAAACAGCUUCCCACGCGUGACCCCUGCCUUGGUGGAGUGGACUCACCGAGGGUGGAAAUCUUUCUUUUUUUCUGCAACUGAUGCACACAGACACAUAUCAAGGAGAGCAGUGUCUGGGGCAGAUUACGGCACCUUUUCCCCACCUAUGUCACCAGAAGUCUACCAGCAAAUCAAUGCUCGACUCUGGGAACCAGGAUGGAUGAGAUACACUACGUGAUCUCCUGUGCUUCCUCAGGGCCAUAAGAGAGUGCUGCUUUGGUGGUAGCUGUGUCUUGCUCUCCCAGCUAACAAAUAAACGAUAUCCAGCCAGUACUACCCCUGUGAACACGGAUUGUAUCUGCUGGAAAACUACACGUAGGAGACUCUUUACCUCUGGGCACUUGCCUCCUAGGAGUGGAGGCCAAUAAAGUGAUCAAGUGUAUUUAUUUGCUUUUGACAGAUGCGGUGAUAAGGAAGAGGCUCUCUCUAAACUUACACACAACUGAAUGUUAAAAAAAAAAUACCAGUAUCCUGUCUCACUACUUAGAGCUACUUUUGUGCAGGGAAAAAGGGUCAUAAAGUUGGGAGAAUAGAUGCAAUAAGAAACAUUUCAUUUUUCUAUAAGGCAUGUUAAUAGUAGAGAGCCCUGAAAACUAAGUGGUAUUUCUGGCCUCUAAUAUCAUUAACAAUAUUUUCUCAAACACUGUUUACUUUGUAAGUAGUAAUGAAUUUGUGCUGCUGCCUCACCUUAUUAAGCUAAUGGGCAAGGGAGGGGACAGGGGAGUCUUCUGUCAUGGGUCUGUUGGGGAUUGUCUCUCUGAAAUGAGUUUCAAGAGCUGUAUGGAAUUAGCAAGAAACAAAACAACCUGAGCCAGGAAAUGCUACUAGAACAAUAACUAACCAUUUCUGGGAUUACAGUUAGUGAAAUUAAGGUCUGCCAUACUGUUGAGACAUGGCUGGGUUAAGAAUUACUUUUAAAAGAUUUCUUAACACAUUAAUCUUUUGCUGUUGAAGCUGAAAAUUCCUAAAUGUCUUUGCUAUUUCUGGUUGCAUAUCUUUUUUCAGUUUGGAUAAAAAGAAUAGAUUAGUCAGCUUCUAAUCAAGUUCAUUUUGAAGUUCUCAUGCAGCAGUGUUUUGGGUGUAAACUGUGGGAGAAUGUUUUUGUUAAUUUUUCAUUGCACAUAGGUCUCAUGGAAACUCUUCUGGGAUGUUGGGUUCUAAAAAAUACACAAUCCCUAAAUUUGAAAUUGAAUUUGACCGAUAUCAUAUCUUUACGUAAGGCUUAGUUUUAUACGUAUGAUACUUACUUUAAGCUUUUUAAGCCUUGUGGUUUCCCUCUUUCUACUGUUUAUAAAAAUUACUUUUUCAUAAGUGUUUUAAUAAAUAUAGUAUAGAAAAAUGCAGUGAAUUUUGCCUUGCUAUAGUGUACACAGUCUUAAGGUGUAGUUUGCCCAUGGUGUUGGGGGUAUGCCUUUCUAGCAAGGGUCAUUCUACUAUUGAAAUAUUCUACUAUUGUUUUCUACUACUGAAAUAUUCUGUUUAUACUGCAAGAAAAGGUUUUGUAAUGUGCCUGCAUAUCUUAAUGCACACUUUGUACCAGAGACCCAAAUGUGGGUAGCCUUGACUCUUCUGGUCUUGAAGCAGUGACUUGAACAGAAAAAAUAUUGACUUACCAACCUCACAAAUGAUGUACCAACCUGAUCCAGAAAUUUUUCCAUCACACUUAUUAUUUCUUCUUUGCUUUUUGUAUUUGUAAAAGCAGAUUUUGUUUUUCCCUGUAUAGCUGCUUAUACAUGAGAAUUUUAAACUAAUCCUGAUGUGGCUUUAAUCUUCAAGGGUUAUUUUCCAUUGUCUGCAAAAGAUUGGACGUGAAUUAUAUUAAGCAUUAUAUAUGCAAAUCUUUAAUUCUUUCUAGAGCAUAAGGUGAAAAUUAUUUUAUGCAGUUCGCAUUUAUUUUUCUGGCACUUCAAAGUGUCAGAUAUUUCUACAGCUGUGUUGCCUACUUUUCCUGGAAUUCCGUUGCAGUUUACAGUUGUGCAGUAGGUUCCAGCAUUCUUCAUCUUAUUACUUAACUGUAGUACAGUUCUUUAGCACAUUACUGCAUGUGAUUCAAACUCUGCUCUUUAACACUAACGAAGACCUUAAUCGUUUUUCAGACUUCAGUAUGUGAAAUAGUAGUGCAAGCACCUCUACUAGAAAAACAAACUGCUACAAAAAGCAUUUUUAUCUAACCUAUUUUAACUUCCUAGGUGUCUCAAUUAUUUGAAUUUGAAGCUAGCCAGCAUGUUUAAUAGGAUGUGACUUUAAUGCAUCUUUAGUAUAGAGGACAGCAGCAGUCCCCCAUCCUCACAGGAUGAUGUAAGAAUGAUCACAGCAAAACGUUUACUAUAUCAGGGUUAAAAGGACCAGUAUUAAAACAGGUCACAGUACCAGGAAGAAACCAAAUACAACCUAAGAUGCAUUAAAGAAAAGUCUGUACAACUUUUUGUCCAAACCUUUGUAUAUUUAGAAAUUAAUCAUAAAUUUGGAAGGGACCUCAAGGGUCAAAACUUAUUGCAGAUGUUCCUGAUAUCUGUAAACAGAAGGUUUAAGUCAGCAUUAUUGUUCUUUCUCUCUGCAGUCUGGUUGUUGUGUUUUCAUAACAGCAAAAAUGAUUGUUACUGUUCAGCUAUAGAAUAAAUGCAGGAUAUCUCGA